AUGACAUUCGACAUUCGCGAGAUUACGGCGGACCAGCCCUCACCCCCUGGUACAGCGCCCCUCAAAAAUGUGUCUGCCGACACGCAAGAUGCUGAGGUAGUACUCGUGCCGAAGCCGUCUGCUUCGCCAGCUGAUCCCCUGAACAUGUCACGGAUCCGCAAAGAGCUGUACUUUGCCGCUCUCAUCUAUGGGGCCUGCGUUACUGGUGUCGUGAUGCUUCUCAAUGGAUCUCUGAUCAUGGCUCUGGGGGUUAGCGCCUACGUCUGCGGCCCUCUAACCACUCUCUGGGGUCGACGGCUCGUUUUCCUAUUUACGACGCACAUUAUGGUUUUUGGUUGCGUCUUGGCUGGCAGUGCCAAGUCCUACAACAGCCUCAUGGGUGCCCGUAUUUUCCAGGCACUCGGUAUGGGCACCUUCUUCUCCGUCGCCGGCACAACAUCCAUCAACGACCUCUUCUUCAUUCACCAACGCGGUAGUCGUGCUGGCUUCUGGAACUUCGCCGUUAUCAUUUCGGUCAACGCAGCCCCAGUCAUCAGUGGCUACGUCAUCACCGGCCUCUCCUGGCAGUGGAGCUUCCGUCUGCUAGCCAUCUCCUUCGCCCUCGUCUUUGUCUUGAGCUUCUUCCAUGGCCGAGACACUCUUCGACCGUGA